AAAACAUUUAAAAAUGAUGUAACUUAUGUGUAAGCAAUUAAGCAGGUUAGUCCUAUUAUGAUUGUUCAGAAAGAUAACAGGAUAAGGAAUCCGGCUUCAUUUCUAAUCUCCAACCUUAGGUUGUAGCAAAAAAGUUUUUUGCAUCAACAGCAGAUAAUUGUGCGCUUAUACAGAUGUAGUGCGUAUACAGACAACCGGAACAGAAUUUCGUAGCAACCAGAUGAUCAAAUUAAGAUAAGACAAUUAGUUGCUGACCAUGAGAUUUGGUAUUUUAGAAGACAUUGACAGAUACUAAAAGACAAAAGAAGACAAAGAACAUGGAAAGAGAGGUAGGGAACCGGGAGCAGUGGAGCAGUAAAACAGAGUUCCUACUCACAGUCUGUGGUAAUGUAGUCGGCCUGGGAAAUGUAUGGAGGUUCCCCUAUCUCUGCUAUAAGAACGGUGGUGGUGCCUUCCUAGUUCCCUACCUGCUGUAUGUUGUGCUAUGUGGUCUUCCUCUAUUCCUCCUGGAAACAUCAAUUGGUCAGUACACCCAACAAGGCAUUGUAACCUCUUGGAGGAGCUUAUGUCCGCUUGCUGAAGGUGUGGGCAGGGCAGAGCUACUCAUCCUGAUUUAUGACUCUAUUAUUUACCUUGUGAUCCUGGCCUGGACUCUCUUCUACCUGGUGUUCUCUUUCAGUUCUCAGCUACCCUGGGCCAGCUGUGACAACUCUUGGAACACAGAUCAAUGUGUGGAUUUCACUUCACCAAACCAAACAGCCAACUGGACAACAAUAAUCAACACUACUUCUGCUGCUGUUGAGUUCUGGGAGCUUCGUGUGUUGGCAAUCUCUGGAGGCAUUGAUGAGGUGGGCAGUGUAAGAUGGGAGCUGAUGCUCUGUCUACUUGCUUGUUGGGCAGUCUGCUAUUUCUGUAUCUGGAAAGGAAUAAGGUACUCAGGAAAGGUAGUGUAUUUCACCGCCACUUUUCCCUAUCUGAUGCUCUUGGUUUUGUUGGUGAGAGGGUUAACUUUACCUGGAGCUUGGGAGGGAGUUCAGUAUUACCUGUAUCCAGACCCUAUCCGCCUUGCUGACCCCCAGGUCUGGAUGGAAGCAGGAACUCAAGUGUUUUUUUCCUAUUGUGUUGGACGGGGCAGUCAAACGGUUCUGGGAAGCUUCAAUAAAUACAACAAUAACUGUUACAAAGACAGCUUUUGGCUGUGUCUGCUGAAUGGUUGUACCAGUUUUGUGGCUGGUUUUGCAGUCUUCUCAGUGCUGGGAUUCAUGGCACACAACCAGGGGGUUUCUGUCGCCAUGGUGGCAGAGUCAGGUCCUGGCUUGGCAUUCAUCGCCUUCCCCCAAGCGGCAGCCAUGAUGCCCUUGCCUCAGCUCUGGACUGUCUGCUUCUUCGUCAUGCUACUUCUUCUGGGAAUAGACACACAGUUUGUCAUAAUGGAGGGCGUGAUCACCUCUUUCACAGACUUGUUUCCUGUUACUCUCCGAAGACCGAGAUAUCGAGAGGCAUUUGUCCUAUUCUUCUGUCUCUGUUGUUUCCUCUUGCAACUGUCUCUUAUCACGGAGGGAGGGAUCUUCGUGUUCCAACUCAUUGAUUACUAUGGCUGCAGCGGAGCAUGUGUCCUCUUUGUGGCUGUAUUUGAGUCACUGGCAGUGGGGUGGAUCUUUGGGGCAGAUCAAAUGGAGAAUGCCAUUAAAGACAUGACCUCACAGAAACCGUGUAUCCUCUUCAGACUGUGCUGGCGUUACUUAACCCCUCUGGUGUCUUUGGGUUCCUUCAUCUUACACAUGGUGGACUACAAGCCCCUCAAGUUUAACCACUGGUAUGUUUACCCAGAUUGGGCAUAUGAACUAGGCUGGACCAUGGCCCUUUCCUCUAUCCUCCUGGUGCCACUCUGGGGGAUUGGCAGAAUCUGUCUUGGCACAGGCAGCCUCAAGCAGCGUUUGGCAGUCCUUUGUCAUCCGGACGACAAACUCCCUCUGACCCAGAAGGGGAAAGGUGAAAGUAAAGAUGGACAUGAGUUGGAGAGUAUUAUGAUAUAG